CUUCAAGAUAAGCCCCGCGCAUCAUACAUUAACUCGGUUUCUAUGUCCUAGGAUUUUCAAAUCCCCUCUCCACCUCUCGCGAAAUAGUCGAAAGAGAAUGGCUUCGGUGUGCGCUUCCUCAGCCAUUGCGGCCGUGGCCAUCUCCUCUCCGAGUGGCCAAAAGAAUGGAUCCUCCUUCCUGACCGGCAAAAGGUUGCGCGUGAGCAAGUACACCGCGCCGGCUGCAGCCGCCGGAAGAUUGGCCACCGUCUGCGCGGUGGCUGAUCCUGAUAGGCCCCUCUGGUUCCCAGGAAGCACUCCUCCUCCGUGGCUCGACGGCAGCCUCCCAGGAGACUUCGGCUUCGAUCCUCUUGGCCUCGGGUCUGAUCCUGAGAGCUUGAGAUGGAACCAACAAGCGGAGCUGGUCCACUGCAGAUGGGCCAUGCUCGGAGCCGCCGGCAUUUUCAUCCCUGAGUUCCUCACGAAGAUUGGCAUCCUCAACACUCCCUCGUGGUACACCGCCGGGGAGCAAGAGUACUUCACCGACACCACCACCCUCUUCAUCAUUGAGCUCAUUUUCAUCGGCUGGGCCGAGGGCCGGAGAUGGGCUGACAUCAUCAAGCCCGGGUGCGUCAACACCGACCCCAUCUUCCCCAACAACAAGCUCACAGGAACCGACGUCGGGUACCCUGGCGGGCUCUGGUUCGAUCCACUUGGGUGGGGCUCCGGCUCGCCCGAGAAGAUCAAGGAGUUGAGGACCAAGGAGAUCAAGAACGGGAGGCUGGCCAUGUUGGCUGUUAUGGGAGCUUGGUUCCAACACAUCUACACCGGCACUGGCCCGAUUGAUAACCUCUUUGCUCACCUCGCUGAUCCGGGUCAUGCUACGGUUUUUGCUGCUUUCACACCCAAGUGAGGAAGAACUCAAGAGAUAACGGAUCGAGAUUGAAUUGGGCGGAUGAAUUUAAAAUCCUUUUGCAAAGAAUUGAGAGGAUGAGAGAGGUGUGAUUAUGUAAAGGAAGAUUGUGUAAUUGAGAAAGAGAACUUGUACUGGCUCUCCUGCUCUAGUCUAUAGAAGGGCUGUGCAAUGUACAAAUACCUCUUUGAUGAAGUUAGGAUUUGACAUUGAUGCUUGGAUGGUAGUGAAAACUCCCUACGCAUGGUGCUGCACUUUGCUCUUGGA